AUGCCGCAGCCGAGGGGUGUGGCAGAGGACAGCCAAAGAGGACUGCCUGGAGAAUGGGCUGGUUACAGUAGAAAGAUGAAACAACAGCGCAGUUUCAGUAGCAAAGGGACGACAGGCGACAGCCAAACGAUUGCAGACCGAAAGACCGGAGAUAUCGCUUAUGCAUCUCCUGGCAAUGACGAGUGGAAUCACCACAUGGGCACACUAAAUGUCUUGGAGAGGCCCGCUGAAGAUAACAUGUUUAUGGCACUCGGCGAUGCCAUGGUUGGAACGGGUCAUAUCUGGGUCAGGUCACCGGGUGGAUUCAUGAAUCAUGAUAAGCGAGCUGUAACCCUCCAUAUCCGCUACGCAGGGACAAUCUGCACUUCAUUAUGGUCUUCCCCGGUGAUCGUACGUCAGAGUAAUUGGAUCGAAUCUGCACGAAUGGCAGGGCGACCAAUCCGAGCUAGGCAGCAGGAUUCUCGUGCGCCAUUGUUGGGUCAAGCUUUGCUAGUGCUUCCGCUAGUACAGACUAACCAGCGCUACCUCAGGGGCAUUGCGCGUCCUCCGACAUUUGUUAUCAGAAAGCGGGAAUCGGUCUCUCACAAGCGACUUGGUAGACCAAAGGACACCCCUCGAGAUAGCCCAAUUAUUCGAGUCAUCGCACUCCAGUCAUUGAAGCCGGUUCACACUGAGGACGGCGGUGGGUGGAGGAAAGAGAGUCAAGUCAUCGUCGCCCUCGUGACUCAGUCAGCUGCUGAUCAGGUGAUUCACCAUCAACCAACUUCCAUCAACAUCUUCUACGACUGUCCGGCUGAAAAUCCUGUGACCAAGCUUGUUGAUACUAUCUGUAUUACAGGAUAUGAAAGAUAUGAAAGCACUCACAACCCUCCCCUUGGAGCACAAACACCGUGA